CUUUACAUUUUUCAUUUUUGGUUUGGGCUGUAGCCGCCCACCGCUAACUGAGAGGGAACCUCCGCCACAUACAGAGAGAGAGAGAGAGAGAGAGGAGGGGCAGUGUCUUCGCUUCAGAGUAUGGCUUCUUCGUGCACUGUCUUCGUUUCCUCUUUCGGAUUCUCAAGCCCUCUUUUCACCUCUCUCUCCAGGUCCUCUCCGUUUUCUCUUCAUCUUUCCCUUGAAGGUUUCUCCUUUACUUCGCGAAGACUCGCUCAUGGAGAAAUUGGGGUUUUGGCUCCUCACAAGAAGAGGGCAGGACUGUCGACAGCUUCUGCUGUGGUUACGGAUUCCUCAGAAACUGCAACGGAGACCGAAGACGCAAACUUGGACGAGACUCUAGAUGAGAAAAUCGUUCUGCCCACCAAUGAAUCAUCUGAGAGACUCCUGAGGAUUCGACACACGUGUGCACAUGUAAUGGCCAUGGCUGUUCAAAAGCUCUUCCCAAAUGCAAAAGUGACCAUUGGGCCAUGGAUAGAAAAUGGUUUUUAUUAUGAUUUUGAUAUGGAGCCUUUGAUGGACAAAGAUUUGAAAAGGAUUAAGAAGGAGAUGGAUCGAAUCAUAAGUCGCAAUUUACCUUUGAUAAGAGAAGAAGUUUCCAGAGAUGAAGCACAACAAAGAGUAAUGGCAGUCAAUGAACCUUACAAAAUGGAAAUUUUGGGAAGUAUCAAUAAAGAUCCUAUUACCAUCUACCAUAUUGGUAAUGAAUGGUGGGACCUUUGUGCUGGGCCUCAUGUUGAAUCUACUGGGAAUAUUAACAAGAAAGCUGUUGAACUUGAAUACGUUGCUGGUGCUUACUGGAGAGGAGAUGAAAAGAAACCCAUGCUGCAGAGGAUUUAUGGUACAGCCUGGGAGAAUGAAGAACAAUUAAAAGCAUACCUUCUUUUUAAGGAGGAAGCCAAACGCCGGGAUCACAGACGCCUGGGGCAAGAUCUUGAUUUGUUUUCUAUUCAGGAUGAAGCUGGUGGGGGUUUAGUGUUCUGGCAUCCAAAGGGUGCCACUAUUCGGCACAUCAUUGAAGACACGUGGAAAAAAAUACAUAUGGAGCAUGGUUAUAGUCUGCUGUAUACUCCACAUGUGGCAAGGGCAGAUCUUUGGAAGACUAGCGGGCAUUUGGAAUUUUACAGGGAGAACAUGUAUGAUCAGAUGAAGAUUGAGGAUGAACUUUACCAACUUCGACCAAUGAAUUGCCCAUACCAUAUCUUGUUUUACAAAAGGAAGUUGCACUCUUAUAGAGAUUUUCCAAUCAGGGUUGCAGAGCUGGGGACAGUUUAUAGAUAUGAGUUAUCUGGAAGCUUACAUGGUCUUUUCCGUGUAAGAGGUUUCACCCAGGAUGAUGCACACAUAUUUUGUUUAGAUGAUCAAAUCAAGGAUGAGAUUCUGGGAGUUCUUGAUAUUACAGAAGAAAUAUUAUUGCAAUUUGGUUUUAACAACUACGAAGUGAACCUCUCAACAAGGCCAGAGAAAGCUGUGGGAAGGGAUGAUGUAUGGGAAAAAGCGACAGCUGCUCUUAGAGAUGCCUUGGAUGAAAAAGGUUGGAGCUAUCGAAUUGAUGAUGGAGGUGGUGCCUUUUAUGGGCCAAAGAUUGAUCUCAAGAUUGAGGAUGCUCUUGGAAGGAAGUGGCAAUGUACAACCAUACAGGUUGAUUUUAAUUUGCCACAGCGUUUUGACAUUACAUAUGUUGAUUCCAACUUAGAGAAGAAGCGGCCUAUCAUGAUUCAUAGGGCAGUGCUUGGAUCUUUGGAACGAUUCUUUGGAAUCCUUAUAGAGCAUUAUGCUGCGGAUUUUCCAUUAUGGCUCUCCCCAAUCCAAGUUAGAUUUUUGCCUGUAACAGAUGCACAGCUUGAGUACUGCAACAAAGUGAAUGAAAAAUUAAAAGCUAGUGGGGUUCGGGCUGAAGUUUGCCAUGGUGAGCGCCUGCCUAAGCUCAUUAGAAAUGCUGAGAAGCAGAAAAUCCCAUUAAUGGCUGUUGUGGGCGCGAAGGAAGUUGAAACUCAAACUGUUACAGUUAGAUCUAGGUUUGGCGGGGACCUUGGCAGCAUGGCAGUUGAUGAAUUUAUCAGCAGAACCAAGUUUUCUACUGAAAAGAGAGUGCCAUUUCUGGCAAAGAAUUGAAGAUGCCCAUCCUGCCAACAAGUGGGAUUUACCUUGUUAAAUAUUUUCAACUGUUUCUAUACUUAAAAAUGUAAAAUGUGUAGAAAACAACAGAUUAUUCUUGUGUAGAGAGACAGUUUGUUCAUAUUUCCGUUACUCUAUAAGUAUAUUCCUUCUACAAUUUUCUUCUUUUA